AUGUCGACCGAUAAAGGAUACUACCCCACCACUGCACCUCCACAAUACCCCCAGCAGGUUGCCGGAUAUCCUCCGCAACAACCUUCUCCAUACGGUGCUCCCGGCUAUCCCCCAGCACAGUCGCCCUAUGGCCAGCCCGGAUACCCUUCACAAGGAUACCCCUCACAGGGAUACCCCCAACAGCCGGGUUAUCCUCAACAGGGUUACCCUACCUCGCCUGCGCCUCAGGGAUACUAUGCUCAAUCGCUCUUGGUGCCUGCUUGUGCUGUUGUCUCGAUGUAA